AUGGAGGUAAGGAAGAAGAUGAAAGAGGCCAAUGAGGAAUGGAUUGAGGAACAAGGCAUCAUCAUCGAUAAAGAGAUGAGUGCUGGCAGCAGUAAAAAGGCAUACAGCAUCCCAAAGAUCCUCACGAAGACCAGUCAGUCCAAAGCCAGUGUUAUAUCAGACGCUGACGAAAUCUCCUUACCGAGAGUGCUUCAGUUUUUAACAGGUAGUAGUAGUAGUAGUAGUAGUAGUAGUAGUAGUAGUAGUAGUAGUAGUAGUAGUAGUAGUAGUAGUAGUAGUAGUAGUAGUAGUAGUAGUAGUAGUAGUAGUAGUAGUAGUAGUAGUAGUAGUAGUAGUAGUAGUAGUAGUAGUGGUAGUAGUAGUAGUAGUAGUAGUAGUAGUAGUAGUAGUAGUAGUAGUAGUAGUAGUAGUAGUAGUAGUAGUAGUAGUAGUAGUAGUAGUAGUAGUAGUAGUAGUAGUAGUAGUAGUAGUAGUAGUAGUAGUAGUAGUAGUAGUAGUAGUAGUAGUAGUAGUAGUAGUAGUAGUAGUAGUAGUAGUAGUAGUAGUAGUAGUAGUAGUAGUAGUAGUAGUAGUAGUAGUAGUAGUAGUAGUAGUAGUAGUAGUAGUAGUAGUAGUAGUAGUAGUAGUAGUAGUAGUAGUAGUAGUAGUAGUAGUAGUAGUAGUAGUAGUAGUAGUAGUAGUAGUAGUAGUAGUAGUAGUAGUAGUAGUAGUAGUAGUAGUAGUAGUAGUAGUAGUAGUAGUAGUAGUAGUAGUAGUAGUAGUAGUAGUAGUAGUAGUAGUAGUAGUAGUAGUAGUAGUAGUAGUAGUAGUAGUAGUAGUAGUAGUAGUAGUAGUAGUAGUAGUAGUAGUAGUAGUAGUAGUAGUAGUAGUAGUAGUAGUAGGCUGCCGACCACUUCAAACGAAGAGUAA